AUGUCUAAACCCACCACGGAGGUAGACCUCUCUGGGUUUGGACUUGAAAGAUUGCAGCACAUUGGCCGCGGCCAGUAUGCAAGCGCACAGCUUGUCAAAGAGACAGCCAGCGGACAGACUUUUGUGGCCAAAUGCAUAUCCCUGGCGGCAUUAAACGAGCAUGACCAGGAUUUGGCACAUCAAGAGGUCUUCUUGCUGCAAACGCUCAGCCACCCGUACAUUGUCGCAUACAGGGAUAGUACUGUGGUGGUGGUGAUGUCCGCAAAGCCAUCAAGGCUGUCUUUUCUCCUGCCUGCCGUGGAACAAGCUUGUGCUCUGCUCUUGAAGGAGAAGGCAAAGGAAGGCGGUGCGUGCAAAGGAAUAUGGGCUUCAGACCUCCUGGAGUUGCUGCCAUACUACAUGUCUCCCGAAGUCUGUCGAAGUGAGCCGUACAACUGGAAGUCUGACAUCUGGGCCCUGGGAUGUGUACUGUACGAGUGUUGCAUGCUGAAGCACGCCUUCGAGUCCUCAUCAUUGUUGGGCCUGGUCUACAAAAUUGUCAGCGAUCAUUACGAUCCCAUUCCAUCGUUCUACUCGCCUGAGUUGAAUGACCUCAUCAACAAGCUACUGAUGAAGAAUGCAGAGUCUCGGCCCUCCAUUAACGAGUUGUUCGCCAAUCCCUACGUUAAGGCCUACCUCGCUAAGCAGUCGGCACCGGUGGUGGCGCCGAGCCCACCCGAGCCGGAUAGGAAGAAAACCACUCUGAGGCCAGGAGGGGCAGCCAAGCCGCCUCCUCCACCACCUCCUCCCAAGGAGACUCCGCCGGCUCCUGGCCCUGCACCUCUCUCGCCAGACUCUAACAUCUUGGUGAUCAUGGCUCGAAUACGGCGGCGUCUGGUGGGCCAGAAGCUGAACUGGAUCUCAUCCUGUGCAUCCUUUGAUGAAGAUGGUGAUGGGGCGCUGACACCUGAUGCCAUGGGGCACGCGCUGAUGACAAUGCCCCUAGGCCUCAGCGAUGACGAGAUCAAGCAGCUGACGUCAGCGCUGUCUCCUUCUCCUGGAGCGAAGAUCUCUCUGGACGCGUUCAGCACAUACCUCCAAGAGGUGGCGGACGAAGUCAAACAGUACGAGACCUGGGCGCGGCAGGUGUUGGCACCUCCAGGCAAGCGGCUGCACGAUUUGCUGAGGGCAAAGGAUAUCGAGCGCAGUGGCACCUUGGCCCCCACUAUCUUCCAAGACACCCUGCAGGAACUCGUGCCUGUGCUGACCCCUCCGCAUCUGGAAUUGCUGGCCCUGCUUGCCGACAAGAAUUGCUUGGGAGACGUGGACUAUGGCGAGUUUUUGGACACCUUCGGUGCCCCCAUAGCUCCUCCAUCGUCAGCGCCUCCAGGGCCACCAGGGCCUCCGCGCCCACCAGCGCCUCCUGGAAUGCCACCGCUGCCAGGAAUGUCGGCUCCUGCACCUCCUGGAAUGCCUCCCUUGCCUGGAGGGGGUGGACCAAGCGCGGAUCCGCUGGGAGCGACUCUUGGAGGGACCUUGGGAGGAACCCUGCAAAGUGUGGAAAUCAACUUCGAGAAGACCUUUUUCACCUGUACCUCGAGCUCGGCUUUGCAAGGUUCCAGCACCAAUGCUGGCCGGAUGUCUCUGUCAGCACAAGGAUGUGCUUUGAUAUUUGGGCGCAUACGCAGGAGGUUGGAAGCAGCUGGCCUGGCAUUGUCCGAUGCUUUGGCACUGUUCCUGCUCCCGGGGGAGAAGGAGUUAACAGCAGAGCAAUGGCUCGAUGUUGCGUCCACGCUACCUUUGGGGACAUCACGCGCAGAAAUGCAGCAGUUGUUCCUCAAGGUAGAUGCAGAUGGCUCCGGCAAGGUCGCGCUGACCACGUUGGAGCAAGGCAUCGCACGCUCGAACCCCGACGAUUGCUGCAAGCCUCCAACGUGGAUUUCAGCUGCUAUCACCCAGAGAGGCUUGUGCAGCCGAAUAAGUUCUGAGCUGCAGCGGCGUUGCACAGGUGGCUCGCGCCUGGCACCCGAGGGAGCCUUCAGGCGCGUGAUCAUGGAAACCGAGAGGUAUCUUACGUCAGACCAGUUGACGUCGCUUAUCCUUCUCGCGGAUAAGAACUCCGGAGGGCUUGUGGACUAUGAGGAGUUCGCUGAGCGUUUUGGUGGUUCUGGGGGCGUGUUGGGUGCCCCAGGGGGCGCACUGCCCUGCCCAGCUGUUGAGGCAAACAAUGCCUCAGCAGAUGAGAUCCAAGUGGUGUGUGCACGGACAGCUGCUGUGAUGGAGAGCCAUGGCCUUCAACCUGACCGUUUGCCGCCCUUGCUUGCGCUUUGGGGCCAUCUGGAGCUUGCUACCUUGGCUUCCGUUCUGGCCUCCCUACCUUUGGGCCUUUCUAGGAGAGAAGCGGUGGCCUUGCUGGGCGCCGGUAUUGAGGCACUCGCUGCCAACAUGGUGCAAGUGCAAAGGGAAAACAUUUGGAGAAACCACCUGGAGUGGGCCCAAGGCCAGAUUCCGGGCCAAGCUCUUCGGCAAGUGCUGCAGCAUCAAGUCAUCGAGGCUGAGUCACGGACUCUGGAACCAAGUGACUUCAUGGAGGCCUUGUCUUCGGCAGGUGUGCCUCCAGGCAACAUCCAGAUGGCCAUUUGGCUGGCGCAGAAGACAAGUCAGGGAGAUGUGCAGGUGGCCUCCUUCCUGGAGUCCUUCAGCGGUAGCCCGCAGGCCUCUGCUAAGAAGAAGCGGGGCCUGCUGUGGCGAAUGAUGGGACGCUGA